AUAAAAAAAAUAAAUAAAAUAAAAAUUAAAUCUUUAAAACGCCAUAUAUACUAAUUUCUCCUCAAUCAAAAUUUCAUAUGAACAAAUUAAAUUCUUAAGCACUGAGAAACGGAAAAUAAUCUUCUUUUUUGUGUUUCUCUCUUCAAUCCUCCACCAAAGUCAAAUAGGGAUCAUGAGAUUCAAGAAAGGGACCAAAGUAGAAGUCUUGAGCAGAAAAGAGGUGCCAUCGGGCUCCUGGCAUUGUGCUGAAAUAAUCAGUGGCAAUGGCCACAACUACAAAGUUAGAUAUGAAGGUUAUUCCGAUGCAACUAACGAGACGAUCAUGGAGAGGGUAUCUAGGAAAGCUAUUAGACCUUGUCCUCCUGCACCAGCAGUUUCAUAUAAUUGGGUUCCUGGUGAUAUUGUUGAGGUUUUUGACAACUUUUCUUGGAAGAUGGCAACAGUUUUAGCGAUUUUGGAGAAAAAGUACAUUUUCGUUAGGUUGCUUGGAUCAUCUCUGGAAUUUAAGGUCAGUAAAUUUGAUGUCCGUGUGAGACAAUCAUGGCAAGACAAUGAAUGGGUUGUGAUCGGAAAGGGUUCUGGCAGUUGUGAACAUGUGAAACACGGUGAAAACUCCACUCUUAGAUACAACCAAAAGUCUAGCACCCAAUUUCAAAAUACCAUUAGAAGGACAAAUAGGUAUGUGAAGGAUGAAUGUGUUCCUGUUAACACGAAGGUUAAUUACCAAGAUUCUGUUAUUGCUUCCUCAAAAACUCUAAAGAGAGGAUGCUACUCUCAUGUUGAAGCUCAUGCUGCUGGUAGACAGAAGCUUAGAGCAGUUGAGAGAAAUAAAAGAUUGUACCGACUGGUUGUUGCAAAUCCAUCCAUUCUUGAACAGGUAGAUGCUGUUGCUUUCCCAAGAGAUAUGUUGGGUGAAACAUACAUACAUGCUUCUCUUAACAGCAGAACGGGGUUGUCCGAAGUGCAUGGAGACAGGAGAAGACCAAAUGGUGCUGUUGGAUGUUAUUUUGCUGAGCAUUUAGAAACGAAUGACGCUGAUAAUGUUACAUGCUCUGUUGGUAGUUGUAGUGUGAGUAGUAAAAUUUCUAUAGGUUACCUCAUAUUGUUCCUACAGGUCCUAUUGAAGUUGAUGAUGGUGAAUGGAGUGAUGCUGAGUCUUUUUGUCCAAGGGGAGACAAGGAAGGAAUUGUCCUCCUACAAAAGAAGAACUAGCUGCCAAGAUCCAUAAGAUAGAGUUACAUGCCUAUCGUUGCAUUUUGGAGGCCUUGUAUGCAUCAGGGACUUUAAGUUGGGAACAAGAAACUUUAGUGACAAAUCUUCGUCUUUCACUUCAUAUAUCUAAUGAUGAGCACUUGAUGGAGCUAAGAAACUUAGUUUCCGCUGAUAGCAGCAUUCCUAUAAGAUAACAUGGAGUGUCUGUGCCCCCCCCCCCCUUUUGUUUCUUCCCUUAGAAUUAGACUUGGAUAAAUAAUUACACUGGUGGCUACCUCAAUUGUAUCAAGCUUGAUGAAAUAUGCUAUCAAUUUUCCUCAUUUACAUAUAGAGCAUAUAGUGAUAUUUUGAAAUGAAGGUAACACAACAGAAACUGAAGACCGUUAAAUGUUUCUGAGAUAAGCAUUGUGUAUCAGUUCUUCCAUCCUUUCUUCUCUCCCUCAUUUGUACAUUUACUUUAGCAAACAGAACUUUGAGAAAUAGCAUAUCGGG